AUGCUGUUCAAAUCUCUGUGCCUUGCGGUGCUGACCGCGCUCGCUGCUGCUACUUAUCCCAUCGAGCUAGUUUACCAGUAUCCGAACACUGAGUACCAGAACAUCGAGAAUGUCGCCGUCCGCUCGAACGGCCAGCUCCUGCUCACUCUCGUAACUGGAGCUAGACUUGUGCAGCUCAACCCAGCGAACCCUAUUCCUGAGGAUAUUGUCACAGUCGUUGGACCGCAAUCAAUCAUCGGCAUCGCCGAAGUCGAGCAUGAUGUUUUCGUUGUUUCUGCCGGCAACUUCUCUUUCGGUCCACAAGUAAUUGGCGGUGUUGCUGGCGUCCCCGGCACCGGCGCGGUCUACUCUAUCGAUCUCAAUGAGACACCAGCGAAGGUUGAUUUGAUUACCGAGAUCCCCGAGUCAGGCGCGCUCAAUGGUGUUGCAAAGCUUCCAGGUUGUGACAGUGUCCUCAUUGCCGACUCGGGUCUCGGCGCGGUGUGGAAAGUCAACUACAAGACUGGCGACUAUAAGACAGCACUUUCGGCACCUGAGUUCGCGCCUGUACCCGAGUUCUUCCAGCUAGGAAUCAACGGCAUCAGGAUCCCCGAGAAGGGCGUUCUACUGUGGACAAAUUCUGCACAAGCUACGUACGGUGUGGUCUACAUUGACGAAUACGGCUCGGCCGCAGGCGGUGUCCAGGUCGUUGCAACUGCGCCUAACGGCACCAACUUUGACGAUUUUGCGGUCAAGGAGGGUGCUGCCUACAUUGCGACUUCACCCAAUGCGGUCUACAAGGUGCCAUAUGACGGCUCGGUGCAGCUGAUCGCUGGCGGCGGAGAUGACAUGACUCUCGCGGGUCCCACGUCUGCGGCGUUCUCGAAGGAUGGCUGCACAUUGUACGUCACGACCGGUGGCGCAGGUGGCCCAAUGCCGAUCAGUGGGCAGGUGUUUGCCAUUGAUGUUUGCGCUUAUGGCAAGAAGGAGAAGCGGUGGACGGCUUGA